AUGGGUGUAGAUGACUAUGAGGAAAUUCUCAAGUACUAUGAAUUAUAUGAAACAGUUGGGACAGGUGGCUUUGCAAAGGUGAAACGAGGUCGCCAUCUCCUUACUGGUGAAAAAGUUGCAAUCAAAAUCAUGGACAAAUUGGCUUUGGGGGGUGAUUUACCUCGUGUUAAAACUGAAAUUGAUGCAAUGAAGAACUUGAGUCACCAGCAUAUUUGCCGAUUAUACCAUGUGAUAGAGACAUCCAAGAAGAUAUUCAUGGUCUUGGAGUAUUGUCCUGGAGGAGAGCUGUUUGAUUAUAUAAUCUCCAAGGAUCGCCUUUCAGAAGAGGAAGCUCGUAUAUUUUUCCGUCAGAUUGUUUCAGCAAUUGCUUAUGUGCACAGUCAGGGGUAUGCCCACAGGGAUCUCAAACCAGAGAACUUGCUGAUUGAUGCGGAGCAUAACUUGAAGCUGAUAGACUUUGGUCUCUGUGCAAAGCCAAAGGGUGGCCUGGAUUACCAGCUGAACACAUGUUGUGGGAGCCCAGCUUAUGCAGCACCAGAGUUAAUUCAGGGCAAAGCUUACAUUGGCUCAGAGGCAGAUAUAUGGAGCAUGGGGGUUCUCUUGUAUGCUCUGCUGUGUGGCUUUCUCCCGUUUGAUGAUGAGAAUGUCAUGGCGCUCUACAGGAAGAUAAUGAGAGGAAAAUAUGAGGUUCCAAAAUGGCUUUCUGCUAGCAGUAUACUGCUUCUACACCAGAUGCUGCAGGUGGAUCCAAAGAAGCGAAUUACAGUUAAACAUCUCUUGCAUCAUCCGUGGCUCAUGCAGGAUUACUCCUAUGCUGUUCAGUGGCAAAGCAAAUACCCGCUUGGGCAUCUUGAUGAUGACUGCAUAAUAGAACUUUCAGUGUUCCAUAAAUGCAGCAGGCAAAGUAUGACUAAGUUAAUUUCAGAGUGGAAAUAUGAUCAAAUAUCAGCAACAUACCUCUUGCUUCAAUCCAAGAAGGCUCAUGGUAAGCCUGUCCGUCUAUGGCUUCCCUCUCUAGCAGUAGAACACACUAGCAUCACACCAUCCAGAGAACUGAAGUCUAAAAAGACUUACGAAGAUGUGGAAGACUGUAAGGAAAUGCCCUGUGCAUUUGGAUCCAUGGAAUUUUCAGAUGAUGCGCUUUACGAGGAAUCUCCAUUUGCAGGCUUUGCUCUAUAUACACCCAAAACAAAGCAGCAUUCAAAGCAUCAGACACCAUUGGAUAGUGUAGAAUUUACACCACCUCCAUCUCCAGUGGCAAGAAGAGCAGCAUCAAAGAAAAGCGAAAACAAAGAGAAUUCUGACUUGGCAUUUACUAUCAAGAAUGAAGAGCCAUUUGUGCUUCCUGCACCGAAGACUCCUCUUAGUAAGAGCCAGAAGGAGAAGAGGAUGCAAACUACACCAAAUCAAGCACUUCCCUCCACAGGUAGAAGUCAGUGCCCUAAAGACACCCCAAUUAAGAAACCCACAAGUCCAGCAAGUACAAGUGAAAUGGCUGCAGCAGUCAUUAGCCCAGAAAGACGGUGUCGCUCAGUAGACAUGGAUCUUAAUCAAGUUCAUGUGGAUAGUGGCCAAAAGAAGAAAAGAGCCAAAAUGUUUGGAAGUCUGGAAAGAGGCUUGGAUAAAAUGAUCACAAUGCUUACACCAGGCAAAAGGAAAGGAUCCACAAGAGAUGGCCCAAGGAAAUUGAAGGCUCAUUACAAUGUGACCACAACUAAACUACUGAAUCCAGACCAGCUAUUGAAUGAACUAAUUACCAUCCUCCCAAAGAAACAUGUUGACUAUGUACAGAAGGGCUACACCCUGAAAUGUCAAACACAGUCAGAUUUUGGCAAAGUGACGAUGCAAUUUGAGCUAGAAGUGUGCCAGCUUAGUAAACCUGAAGUAGUGGGUAUCAGGAGGCAACGGCUUAAAGGCGAUGCAUGGGUCUACAAGAGACUAGUGGAAGAUAUCCUAUCUAGCUGCAAGAUGUAA